AUGGCCCAAAUUCAAAUAGUUGUUUAUCUUGUAUCUCUGGAUUAUACUAUUAGUAAACUGCAAAACAAUGUGUAAAAUCCUGUAAUCAAAACUAAUUUUAAAAUUAGUUAUUAAUGCAAUGUUAGGCAUGUGAUAAUACUUGUGCAAGUUGUGAUGGAAAGGACUCAAAUAAUUGCUUAAGUUGUUAUUCUAACUACUUUCUCUACAACAAAAAUUGUGUUAGCCUUUGUCCAAAUGGGUUUUAAAGUAAUUUAACUAGUCUCACAUGCGAUUCAUGCUAGAAUUAUUGGAGCCUAUAAUGCAAUCCCUGCUAUGCCAACUGUAAGCAAUGUGAUUAGUCAUAAAUUUAAAAUGAAUAAUGUUAGACUUGCUAUAAUGAAACAAGAUAAAUAGAUGUUUUAAGUAAUAGAUGCCUUUGCAAAAACUAAAAUGAUUAAAGGAAUAUAUUUUAUUAAUGCAGCUAUGAAAAUAUUGCCGUCAUUGAUGCAAAAUUAAAUGCUACAUCUCCAUAGCUUAGUAUUGAUUUCGGAUCUCCAUUGA